GGACGGCCAUGUUCUUUCCCUUCCAAUCUGUUUUGAGGUUGAAACAAGCUCAAACAUCCCUCUUUGCAAGGGCAGCCACUUUGUCUCCAAUGAAAUUCAGGGUCUCAUUCAGCGUUUUCUGGAGCAGUAUUACAGUAUCUAUGACUCUGGGGACAGACAGCCGCUGCUGGAGGCGUAUCAUGAGAGUGCCUGCUUCUCUCUCUGUCUGCCAUCCAUAAGUAAUCCCUCCAGGUACAAACUGGACUAUUUCAAAAACAGUCGCAAUGUCAAGAACAUCAAAGAUUCCCCCACUCGUUUUCGCUUGCUAAAGCACACCCGCCUGACUGUGGUUGCGUGCCUAAAUGAACUCCCAAAGACCCAGCAUGACAUUAAUUCAAUCAACGUUGAUGUCAACGCAUAUGCGAGCACUUUGUUAGCGUUCACAGUGAGUGGAGUGUUCAAGGAGGUUGAUGACCAAUCAGAGGACUUAUUCAAAGCAUUUUCCAGAGUCUUCGUCACAGUUCCAGCUCAGAAUUCUGGUUUGUGUAUCGUGAAUGACGAGCUCUUUGUGAGGAAUACCACCAUGGAGGAGAUCCAGUGUGCAUUUACAACACCGACCCAGAGCCCGUCAAGCAGCCCAGUGCCCAUCCUCUCUGCAUACCAGCAGGAGAUGCUCUCCGCCUUCUCCCAGAUGUCUGAAAUGAACCUGCAAUGGUCUCAAAAGUGAGCAGAGAAAGCAAAACAUGCCCUUAUAUCAUAGAACCAAAUAUCUGUGUGGAGAUCAAAAUUAGAGAACAAAUUCUGAACACAUGAAUUGGAUAAAAAAAAUUUAAUUAGUAAAACUUUAACAAAA